AUGGCGACCACUCCGCCUCCCCCAUCACCAUCGGCUUUGAGAGUCCCAGCUGCACCACUUCAUGGGGCAGGAUAUGACACAUUUGAGCCAUAUUCAACUCGUUCAUCGGCUAGAAUAGCGAGUCAGCGUGCUUCAAGACCAAAAGAAACACAUCCGCCACGGAAAUUUCCUGGCUUGCGAGGCGAUGGCCAAUCGAUGGAGUCACCAAGAAAGUAUCGAAGAGUCGAAGAGAGAGCACUGUCGCCUGCUAACCUCUCAAAACCCUCGACCAACCAAAACCGAGGACGCUUUACCCCUUUCGUCCAUGGAAGCCUCGCCGAUUCACUGGACGCUGAUUCUCUCACCACAAUUAACGAGACUGAAAGUGCUCAACAUUCUUCUUCUUCUUCGUCCCGCGUCUCCGAAUUUCAUCCCCUUCCUACUCCUUCUAAGACUCCAUCAAAGAAGAAGGUGUCUUCCAAUCCUUCCUCAACUGCUCGUACUCUUUUUCCAUCCAGCAAGAUGUCUCGCAACCCGCAGACUCCUUUCUCGCUGAAUGAGCUUGAUGAUGAAGUUCCAGGUCCACCUGGAAGAAUUGAAAUCUUUACUGACUCCCGCGACCGUAUUCCUGUUGCCCCGCGAACGCCUCGUUGCAUCAUCAGGGAUCCUGCUGUUUCUACGAAUGGCUCGCCUGAGCCUGAAAUCACUCGCCGUGUCACUCGUUCUCAGGUGCGCGUGGGAAUGAACAAUGAAACGACGUACAUGUUCCGUGGUCAACAGCGCACCCGCCGCUAUCCUGAUUUUGACCCUGAGGAGGAUGAGGACAAUGAUCCAACUGAUCUAGGCCUGUUUGCUGGCCGUGAGCACUUGUUGCCUGACCCAAGCAUCCUUCAGAACAUCAAGCCUCUCCGUCGCAAGGACAUCAAGCCUCGUAUGCUUUGGCAUGCCAAUGGAGAUCCAGUGAACCCGCGCUCAGCCACCCCAGAGUCUGAGACGGUCGCCAACCAGCCCAAGGCUGAAACAAAGCCUGCUAACCCCUUUGUUGUUGAAGACGAUGCCACUGAUGAUGAAUGUAUCAAUGAUGCUACAAAUCAUGUGGACGACGACCACCGAAUCGCUCCUUCGCUUCAGUUAUCUCCCGUCGAUGAGCAGCCUGAGCAGCCUGGUACUACAGAUGCUCCUGGUGCUACUCGCAAUCUCCGCUCCCAGGCUCAUUUCCACCCUGAGAUGUAUCAAACUCCAAUUGUGACUACUAGCCCUACCCAGCGCCCGUCUAGCCCCUUCAAGCUCUGGGGGCGCAAGAAGAAGAAGGGUGAUGAAAUCCUGUUUUCUCAUCAAUCCAAUAAUGAAUGGACCACAACAUCUAGUGGCACGUCUUCUAGCACGUCUUCUAGCAUAUCUACUAAGCGCGAUGCUGAAGAUGACGAUGCCUUUUGGGAGGCUCCCUCCAAGAGAACUCGAAGCAGCGACAAGAGUCUCCCCAGCCGUUCCUAA